GGUUAAUAAGUGACUCAGAUUUAGGUGCAUCUAGGUAAGCGUAAAGGAGAAUGAGGGAGGGUUGGAGUCUUCCAGGUGCCACUGACCCCAGGGAUGAGUAACGUUUAUUAAAUGUGAUUGUUUAUAUGUAAAUUAAACUUGCAGUAAACAGUGAUUCAAGCCGUUUGUUGCCAGUAACACACGUACAAGCAGUAGUUUAACUCCUAGAUUAACAUCAUUGCAUACUAUGAUUCAGUUUCUUUGUUAUUAGCAUAAAAAAGGAUUUACCCCCGUAAUUGGCAGCAAUACAUAUAGAAGUAAUUUAAACCCCUAAGCACUAUAACACUUUCAUUGUAAGUAGUGAUUUAUUCUUUUGGUUGCCAGUAAUAUUUCUUUAAUAGCCUGUGCCAGUUUCAGACAAACAUAGCAAAAAGCACCUCUGUGUAAACGAGUUAAACCCUUUGUUGCCAGAAACACGUAUUGCUGUUGGUUAACCCCUUAGUGUCUCAAAAUGCUUAUGAGCUAGUGAUAUAAUCCCGUGAUUAGCAGAAGCAAGCGUGCAGUUUUGCUUUAACCCCCUGAGUGCCAUAAUGCCUUGAUUAACAAUAAUGUGCACAGUGAUUUAGCAGUUUGAAUGUCAGUAACACAAAUUUAUUGUUGGUUUAAAGUUUGAUAGCUCAUAUAUGCUCCAGGCAAUGAUAAGAUUAAAGGGACAGUACACUGUAAAAUUGUUUUUCCAUAAAUGUAUUUUAAAUGACCUGUUAUACCAACUGCAGAGUAUAAAAUAUUUGAGAAAUUGCAUUUUCGGGUUUAUUUGUGUAUUUGAAGUAGCUGGUUUUGUGCUUUGAAACCACAGCCUAUUACAAUGGGUUGAGCUUCAGGUAAUAUCAGAUCUCAUUAUGUUAUCACUUUGUGUACACACACUUGCUUCCCUAUCUUAUAUUUGUCUGGAACACCAAAGCUCAAUACAUAGAGAGAACAAUGGAAAAUUAUCAUUUUAUUACUUAACUAUCAUGCCCCUCACUGACGGUGUAAUCUCUUCUGCUGGCUGUGUAUACUUAGGCUUGUCAAUAGCAUAUACGCCAGUAUCAAAGCUUUCAGUAUAGGUUGGGAAACCACAAACUAAAUCAGCUAUUUCAAAUGCUGAAAUAGGAGUAAAGGAGCUACUUGCAACCAAUUUAAUACACUCUAGCAGGUAAAAAGGAUCAUUGGGAAUAAUUUAAAGGGGAGAAAGUUUUUGGGUGAACUGUCCCUUUAAUCACCUCUGUAGUGAUUUAAACAAUGUGUUUCCAGAAACAAAAUAUAGCUGUUGGGUAACUCCUCGAUUGCUCAGAAAAUACAUGCGUCAGUGAUUAAAACCCAUGAUUGCCAGAAUAAAAAGCACUUGCAGCAGUUAUUUUACCGCGUGAUUGUCUGCAACAAAUGCAUUCAUAAGUUUACCCUUUAAUUGCCCUUUACCUUAUAUCCUGGUGCCAGCAUUUGCUGAUCCCUGCCCUAUGUAUGGAGCCAUUCUAUAUAGGGUCUGAAUAACACAGUGAAUUCCACCUCAGUUGCAUGUGUGUAAUUUUAGGAUGGGGCUCCUCUGAAGAACAAAUAGAGCAGACACCUGAUACUUACACCAGAUUUUGACCAAUUUGAACAACAAGAUGGCGCAGAGAGUUCAUCAAACAUCUCAGGUCUCCAUAAGGAAUGAAGAGGAACGCAUUGAGUUUGAUGACAUCGCAAUUUACUUCUCCGAAGAGGAGUGGGGCACACUAACAGGAGAGCAGAAAGAGAUUUACAAGAAUGUGAUGCUAGAGAAUUAUCAUAGUCUUUGUUUGCUAGGUUGUGUCAAAUUGAAGCCAUUGCUUGUCUCAAAGCUGGAGCGUGGAGAGGUGCCAUAUGUGACAGAUUACCAGUUAAUGGAGCAAGAGGAAAUUCCGAUUAGUAUCAAUACUGAUGGAUCAAUGAGGGCAAAUAUCUCUGGACAAGACCAAAAUGUAGUAACUUCUAUCACAAAAUGUUGUAAAGAAACCACUACAAUGUCAAACUUUCAAGAAUUUUUAACAGUAAUGCAGUGUUACUACAAAGAGUAUCAACCACAAGAGAAAGCACAAUGGCACAUCAUUUCAGGAGAGAAACCCUAUCUGUGUUCUGUAUGUAGGAAAUGUUAUACUUACCAUUCUGAACUUGUUGCGCAUCAGAGAACACAUACGGGUGAGAAACCAUUUCCAUGUUAUGAAUGUGGGAGGUGUUUUGCUAGAAAAUCAAAUCUCACUGCUCAUCAGUUAACUCAUAAAGAAGAAAAGCAAUUUGUUUGUUCUGAAUGUGGAAAAAGUUUUACAGCGAAACGCUCUCUCAUGCAACAUAUGAGAAAUCAUACAGCAGAGAACCUAUUGAUAUGUUCUGAUUGUGGUAAAACGUUUACUAGCAACACGUCUCUUGCUAUACAUCAGAAGAUGCAUACUGGUGACAAACCAUUUACUUGUAAUGAAUGUGGAAAAUGCUUUACCAGUAACGCAUAUCUUGUUAAACAUCAGAGGACUCAUAUAGAAGAGAAACCAUUUACAUGUUCAGAUUGUGGUAAAUCGUUUAGAGAGAAACGAUCGCUUGUUGAUCAUCAAACAAUACAUACUGGCGCAAAACCAUAUUCAUGCACAGAUUGUGGUAAAUGUUUUAGAAUGAAGCGUUCUCUUGCCGAUCAUCAAACAAUCCAUACAGGAGCUUCUCGUUAUUCAUGUGCCGAAUGUGGGAAAUCAUUCACUGUGAAGCAAUCCCUUAUUGAACAUAAAAGAAUUCACACAGGAGAGAAACCAUAUUCCUGUUCUGAAUGUGGCAAAAGUUUCACAGUGAAACAAACUUUAGUUCAGCAUCAGUUAACCCACACUGGAGAGAAACCAUUUGCUUGUCCUGUAUGUGGGAAAUGUUUUGCAGCUAAACGGUCUCUAAAUCAACAUAAAAAAAUACAUUUAGCACAAAACCCUUUAGUGUCUUCUGAUAGCGAGGAACAUUUUAACUCCAGCUCAUCGCUUCUUACAUAUCAGACAGAUGAUAAUGAUUCUUCUGUUUAGGAUAUGAGAAAUAUUUUACAAGUAAUGCAAGACUUUUGGAUCACUAUAAUAUGUACAUAUUGUAAAUGGUGAAAAUGUCCUUCAUUGCCCCUCAUAUUAAGUGUAUCCCUUAACAUAUACCCCCAGGAGGUAAACUUUUUUUAUAUACUGAAAACAAUUUGUUCAGCAUAAGAAUAUUUAUGCAAGAAAGUUUCUUCUGCAUGCUAAUAUGUAUAAGUUUUGAUAUAACAUUUUAUUACAUUUUCAAAAUGUAGAUGGUGUUAAAAAAUAAAUCCUCUGCAAAUAGG